GAUUGAUGCAUUGAUCUCGGAUGGUUUGUGGUUUAUCAAAUCUACGAGACAAAUCCACAUAAUUAUCGCCCAUGAUGCCUCACUCAGUGUCUUCACAAGGCUCGGCCGCCGAACGCAAAGAUGAAGAGGUUUUACCAGACGCUCCUGCUGCAGAAACGACCUCCGAAGACCGGGCCAAUGCGCCCGAUAACGCAGCAGCAGGGAUGAAAUUGGAGGACCUUUUCAACGAUGAUGACGAGGACGAGGAAUACCCAGCUUCUAGUGCCCCGAACAUCCAGGGUCCGGACGCAAUGCAGACCGACGCCGCCCCAGCUCCUGGUCCGGAGGUAGACACAGACACUAUGCUGGCAUUUUAUCAGCGUCUCUUCCCCUUUCGCUACUUAUUUCAAUGGCUGAAUCAUGGAAUUGUUCCUUCGCCCGAUUUCGGAAACCGCGAAUUCGCCCUCACGCUUCAGAACGAUGCUUAUCUUCGAUAUCAAUCAUAUGCAACAGCAGAUCUCUUUCGCAAAGAUAUCCUCAGGAUGAACCCCUCUCGAUUCGAAAUCGGACCCGUCUACAACACCAACCCACGAGAUCGCAAGACGCUCCGCGGCGGCCAGUUGAAACCCGUCUCCAAGGAGCUCGUCUUUGAUAUCGAUUUGACCGAUUAUGACGACAUCCGAUCCUGCUGUACGAAGGCCAAUAUUUGUGAGAAGUGCUGGGCAUUUGUAACCAUGGCCAUCAAGGUUAUCGACACGGCUUUGCGCGACGACUUCGGCUUCGAACAUAUCCUGUGGGUCUACUCCGGUCGUCGUGGUGCUCACGCCUGGGUGUGCGACCCCCGCGCGCGCAACUUACCCGACGACCGACGGAGGGCGAUCGCCGGUUACCUGGACGUAGUACGAGGUGGAAACAGCAGCGGCAAGCGGGUGAAUUUGAAGCGCCCCCUGCAUCCGCACAUGGCACGCAGUCUCGACAUCCUGAAAUCUCACUUUGCGCAGACGACCCUGGUCGAUCAAGACACUUUCCUCAGCUCCGAACAGGCGCAGCGUCUGCUGGCUCUCUUGCCGGAUAAGGGCCUGAAUGAGUCCCUCCGCAAGAAGUGGGAGUCUUCGCCCGACCGCACCAGCGUCAAUAAGUGGGCUGAUAUCGAUGCGCUCGCCAAGACGGGCAAGAGCAGCACUCUCAAUCCGACCAUCCUCCGCGAUGCCAAGCAGGAUAUCGUGUUGGAGUACACAUACCCCCGACUGGAUUCCGAGGUCAGCAAGAAGAUGAUUCACUUGCUCAAGAGCCCAUUCGUGAUUCACCCCGGCACGGGUCGCGUGUGUGUUCCUAUCGACGCCCGCAAGGCAGAACAGUUCGAUCCCCUCUCGGUGCCGACGGUAACGCAACUGCUCGCGGAGAUUGACGCGUGGGAUGCGGAGCAUCCUAGCACCAAUGCAGGACCGGAGGCUGUCGAUGCAGAGGGCAGUGUAGCAGACUCUGAUGUGAAGGGAAGCCGCAGGGUACAGGACUACGAAAAAACGAGCUUGAAACCAUACAUCGACUAUUUCCGUUCCUUCAUUGCCGGCCUGCUCAAGGAGGAGCGUGUUGGCAAACGGGAACGGAACGAGGACGUCGAGGAGGCAAAGCCUGAAAGCAUGGAAUUUUAGACCCUGGCUUUCCUUCUAGUCUAUUCUCGCUGUCGUUGCGGUGUCUAACGUUUUUUUGUGAAUUCCAGUCUGGGUGGUGCAUAUGGGUAUGAUUUUGAAGCGUUGGAGUAUGUGCUUUGAAGGUCGAGUUAUUGGCGUAUGAGAGAUCUUUAUGGCGGUUGAGCCGUGUUCUGUGUAAAUACUGUAUUGGGUUAUACUCUUUUGCUUAGUUAUGUGGCUGCAGACUGGUUAUCAAAGACACCACAUAACGAAAUAGGACAGGAUAAGGC